AUGCAAUCCCAGCUCCUAUGUGAGCCGGUAAACCGCCGCGAUCAUAGUCUAGAAGAACUCCGCGUCUCCAGGUCGGCGCAGACAGGUAAGGAAGAGUACGGUCGCUUGGAGCACGGUCUGGCUUCGUGUUUGAAGAAAGCCUGCUCGCGCCAGGGCUUGCUGCGUUGCGAACCGGCAUUACUGGAGGAGUCAAUCGGAAACAACGCCGAAGAAACCCAAGGCAAAUCACUCAUCGACGAAGCUCUCAAACAAAACGUCAAGUUCUUCGUUUAUUGCUCUGUCGACCGUGGCGGCGAAGACCACUCUUACACUAAUCCUACCAAAAUCCCCCACUUUAUCAAAAAGCACAACAUCGAGCACCACCUCGUCGACCGCAGCAAGAAUACCUCCAUGGAGUGGACAAUCUUACGACCCACAGCGUUCUACGAGAAUCUGACACCUGACUUCUUCGGAAAGGUCUUCGCGACCUGUUUCAAGAUGGCGCUGAAGGGGAAGAAGCUUCAGAUGUAUAAGGGGCGCGGUGUAUCGUUGGCGGGGGACGAGCUGAGCUUUGAGGAAAUGGAACGGGUUUUCAUGCAGACGCGGAGAGAAUCACUGUCCAUAGCGUUUCGGCCGGUUUGUUCGUUGUUUAUGGCCAUGGGAUAUAUGGCUUUGAAGGAGGUUCAUCCUGAUAUGAAGGAUUUUGGGACUUGGUUGGAGAUGGAGAGUGGGUUUGUGAAGCGGUGA